UGCUUCGCUCUAUAGUCUAUGGUUGUACUAUGGCUGCAGUGGCCACAACGGUAGUUGCGCGGUAUUGCGUGAUACUAUCGAAAUUUAACAACUAUGGCUAAAGGUGAUAAAGAACUGGAAAAACCCAUCGUUAAUAAUGAAUUACCAAACCCGGAGUGUCGUAGUGCAGAUCAGGAAGACUCGGAAUCGACGCAAGAACAGCCCCUUGACAUAGGAGAGCAUUAUUUAGUGCGGCGUUCAGAUGAGUCAUGGCACCCGGCGGAGAUAAUCCAAACGCGGUACAACGCCGCAGACUCCGGCUUCGAAUACUAUGUGCACUAUGUGGGCUACGACCGAAGGCUCGACGAGUGGGUUUCCCGCCAUCGCGUCAUGUCCGAUAGGUUUGACAUGUGCGAGCAGUCGAAUAACAAUUUGAAUUCCGACCACCUGCUCACCGACAAGUCUGGCCGGAAGAUAACGCGGAAUCAGAAACGUAAACAUGACGAGAUCAACCACGUCCAGAAGUCCUAUGCAGAAAUGGACCCCACGACCGCUGCACUCGAGAAGGAACAUGAAGCCAUCACGAAAGUCAAAUACAUCGACAAAAUUCAAAUAGGAAAGUACGAGAUCGAUACUUGGUAUUUUAGUCCUUAUCCUGAUGAAUAUGGCAAACAGUCUAAACUAUGGAUAUGCGAAUACUGCUUAAAAUAUAUGAGAAUGGAGAAAACAUACAGGUAUCAUCUAAGUGAGUGUACAGCAAGACAACCACAGGGCAGUGAGAUAUACAGAAAAGGUACCAUUGCAAUAUUUGAAGCGGAUGGAAAAGAGCAUAAGAUUUAUUGCCAGAAUCUAUGUCUACUAGCAAAGUUAUUUUUAGACCAUAAAACAUUGUAUUUUGAUAUAGAACAGUUCUUAUUCUACAUCCUGUGUGAGGUUGACAAGCAGGGUGCGCACUUAGUCGGAUACUUUUCUAAAGAGAAGGACUCCCCCGAAGGUAACAAUGUGGCUUGUAUACUAACCCUACCUCCGUACCAGAGACAAGGCUAUGGCAAGCUGCUGAUUGCAUUUAGCUAUGAGCUCUCAAGACUAGAGCAAGUGGUUGGUAGUCCAGAGAAGCCCUUGUCAGACCUCGGCAAGCUCAGUUACCGAUCGUACUGGUCCUAUGUGCUGUUGGAAGUGUUGAGUGCAAGUCGGGGCACAUUAAGCAUUAAAGAUCUCAGUCAAAUGACAGGAAUAUCACAAACAGACAUUAUAUCUACACUCCAAUCUAUGAAUAUGGUGAAAUACUGGAAGGGUCAGCAUGUGAUCUGUGUUACUCCAAAAAUAGUUGCGGAGCAGCUUGCAAGCUCUCAUUUCAAGAAGCCCCGGCUGUGUGUAGACCCGUCUGCAUUGAGGUGGGUCCCGCCGAACAAGCAGGGGCAUUCGGCUAAGGCUAAAAAGUAGUACAGGCUAACAGGCAGGGCCUAGAGAAGAUUACACCGUUAGUUGCUACCAAAGGAUUCUCUGGGUACAGGCCUGUUCAACUUUAAUUUACAACUGCAUGCAGUGAGGACACUUGACUAGAGUAUUAGUAUUGAUAGCUUAUUAUGAAAAUAGUAAUUACGCAGUUACACUUACCCUGCAGCUUAAUUUUCAUGCUAUGUUGCCAAUUCUUUAGUAAAAUAGAGAAAUUAAAUGAUUGCAUUUUUGCAAACAUGCUGGUCCUUGAAGGCAUGUUUUAUAAACUUAUUGUUACUAUGCUUGCAAAUUCGUAUCUGUGCUCAAUUUUUGAAAACUGAAACAAAACCCUAAAACCACUACUUAAGGUUUUCUUUCUUGAAACUUAGACAGAUCACAUAGCGGAAUAUAUAAGCGCAACAAUGUUACUCUCUCUAUCUAUUAAUAUUAUUUUGGUUUUAACUAUUAAUAUUUUCUACUAUUCAAGACAAAAUAUCGUUCAGACCUGCUGGCAUGAGUUGAGUUCUCGCGCGUGACAGAAGGGGUGAGAUAAUUAAUGUGAUGUAGGUAUAUAUUUAACUAUAUUGGCACUAGGUAUUUUAUAAAUGAAACGUCAGAGCUUUUGGGCAGUCAAAUAGAACUGUUUUAUUCAUCGAGCUGUAAGUAGAGUGAACCUGUUUGUUUACAUUAUGGGGCCGUGACGUCACACAACCACAGGGCGGCUAUCACGCGUGACUCCAUACAUCUAGCGCGACUUCAAGUAUGGACUCGCGCGCGAGAAUGCAACAUGCUAGACUGUCAGGAUUAUAAUUAUAGCAAGUUUUAAUGUAAUUUAGUGUGGUCUAAGGGUAAGUGAUAUUGCACUGCAUUUUUGAUAGCAUUAAUAUGAUCCUAGUGAGGAUUUCUGUAUUAAUUAAAUAAGUGAUUCCAUUUGUAGCCUCGAAGGGCAAAAAAAUCCAAAAAAAUAUGUUAGUAAAUAUUUAAUUAAAUAAUUGCAGUUAAUGUGUAAAGUGUAUUUAAACUGUGUUGCAAGGUGAGAGUAAAAGAUUGCUUUUUCGAGUUUCGUGCAUAGCUUAGACGGUGAAACUUAUAGACAUAUAAAACUUAAAAGAAAGUAUUGAGCUUUUAAAAUAAUACUUCACUAGCUAGCCAACAUGACGCUUUGUGGCGAUGGACAAUCAUAUUACCUAGAGUCCAUCUAAGUUUAAGUAAAGUGUUUACAGUCUUUUGAACUUUGCAUGUCUAUUAAUUUGGCUGUCUAUGGUGGCACUAGCAAGUAAGGCUUCUGUAAAUAUUGUAGUUUAUGUAAGCCAUAAUUAUCAGAUAAGGAAAAAUAGUGACAACCAAGCCCAUUACAUUAUUGUAUAACUUGGCACUAAAAGUGCAUUUUUAUAAUUUAAUAUUUGUUUGCCAGUUUUUAGAGCCACCCCACACUAGCGUCUCCUGAGCGUCUGCGUCUAGUCAACUCUAUGGCUGCUGCUCGACGCAACGUUGGCGCAGCUGCGCAGCGACGCCAUUUUCCAUAACGCUGACUAGCAACUGCGCAGCGACGCCAUUUUCCAUAACGCUGACUAGCAACUGCGCAGCGACACCAUUUUCCAUCACGCUGCCUAGCAACUGCGCAGCGACGCCAUUUUCCAUCACGCUGACUAGCAACUGCGCAGCAACCCCAUUUUCCAUAGCGCUGACUAGACGCCGACGCUGAAAAGACGCUAGUGUGGGGUGGCCACUUAUUGAAAUCUAGAUCUGAAGCAAUGUUGCUUUUAUUUCUCAUUCAGUUCCUGUACUGGUAAUAGUGAUAUUAAUCUUAAGUUGUUUAUUAAGUUUAAAAAAUAGCUUAGUAUUAAGUUCAAUCAUUCGGUGAUAUGUACAAAACAUUGACCUCUUCUUAAACAAUUCACAAUUUAAAUUAUGAUAUUAGAUUGUCAUAGAUGUGAAUCAAAAUUAAUAUUUUAUAGAAGCAUUCAAGAAGAAUUGUCUGAACUAUCCAUUUCUAUAUCUUCUAUAGUUCCAAAGUAGGUAUUUUAAAUGUACUCAACCUAAAACAUAGACCACUAAAAAUGUUGGCUUUUAAGUGUUUAAUUUAAAAUAGUUUACAGGGCCUUACAUGAAGGAAAAAAAUCAUAUAGUUUGUUUGAACAUUUAACAAUCUUUACCGUUUAUGGUGUUAGGAUGACCUUGAUAAUAUGAUUGUAAUUGUUUGGAUUGAACAUUACAAUACUUUAAAAUAUCCACCUUAAUGACUGAGCAGUAAGGUACUAAUCUUAGUAACAUUCAGUCAGUUUUUCCUCGUCUCAAAUCACUUCAGCUAUUCAAAACAUGUUAGUAUAACACAUUUGAGCUUUAUAAGGUGAAUGACUCCUUACGUCACACCUUUAAAAUAUCUCUGGUCUGACGUGAGAUACCGAGGAAUUGCGUCAUCCUUGUAGCUGGCUCAAAACAUGUUUAAAAUUGGCGCCUACCUGCCCUAGAAAAAGUUGCGCGAAAAUUCCGCUAGAUGGCAGCUUUCAAGCUUGAAUUAUAACGUUCUAAAUAUGUGUACAGGAAUGUUUUUUUUACAUACGUUAGAGGUAUUAUAAAACUCAAUAGAAAUUCAAUGUUUACUUACAUCAUUUUUGUCUUACCGUGUAGUUAAUGUAUGACGGAUCAUUCUGUUUUUAAAUCUACCCAGUGUUCUAUAUUUGAACGUUCUUUCGAACAAUUUGACUACCUUUAGAUUUUAAGUUAGACUUUAAUUGUCUUGUAGAUGUAGCUUUAAAUGUUAAUUGUAAGCAAUGUGUAGGCUUCAGUUUUCAAUUUGGACAUCAAGUUGCUAAAAUUUCUAAGAUCUUCCCAUUGCAUAUUUGAUUAGAUUCUGUGAAUCGUCAGUUAUUACAGUUUUUGUGAUAAUACUUUAUUGUAAGAAAAUGUGUCGAUAGUUGGAUGGUGAUUAAAAAAAGAAAUGUAAUAAGA